AUGAAACGAGCUGGCAGAAGAAGGCGAUAUGGGCGCGAUUUGCCCGUGGCGAUAUGUGCGUGGCGAUCUAACGUGGCGAUAUGGGCGUGUCGAUGUAGGCGUGCGAUGGCUGCUGGCUGCGGUAGGCGAAUAGCUUUACGUUGGCUAUAUGAUUAUGGUGCGAGAUCCCCUUGUGCUGCUCUGGAGCUGGCACUGUGCUUGUGGUGGCAGCAUCUGCUGCUUGGAGCUGCUCCUGCUGCGUUGGCUGCUGAGAGUGCGGCUGCUCUUCCAGUCCAUACAGAAAGAUCCCCAUGUGCGGAGGUACAACACCACCUUGCAUAUGCUUCAAUCGUGGAUGCUUGUGCUGCUCUGGAGCAGGCACGAUGGCGAAUGUGCUUGUGGCGGCACAAGCUGGAGGCGCCUGAAAGCUCACCUGUUGCAUCUGCUGCACGUGAUGACCCUGCUGCACGUGACGACCCUGCUGCACGUGACGACCCUGCUGCACGUGAUCACCCUGCUGCACGUGAUCACCCUGCUGCACGUGACCACCCUGCUGCACGUGACCACCCUGCUGCACGUGACGACCCUGCUGCACGUGACGACCCUGCUGCACGUGACGACCCUGCUGCACGUGACGACCCUGCUGCACGUGACGACCCUGCUGCACGUGACGACCCUGCUGCACGUGACGACCCUGCUGCACGUGACGACCCUGCUGCACGUGACGACCCUGCUGCACGUGACGACCCUGCUGCACGUGACGACCCUGCUGCACGUGACGACCCUGCUGCACGUGACGACCCUGCUGCACGUGACGACCCUGCUGCACGUGACGACCCUGCUGCACGUGACGACCCUGCUGCACCUGAUCACCCUGCUGCACGUCAUCACCCUGCUGCACGUCAUCACCCUGCUGCACGUGACGACCCUGCUGCACGUGACGACCCUGCUGCACGUGACGACCCUGCUGCACGUGACGACCCUGCUGCACGUGACGACCCUGCUGCACGUGACGACCCUGCUGCACGUGAUAACCCUGCUGCCCCAAAGAAAUCAUCCUGUCAAGCGUUAGAGGUGACUCAAGGGCCGGUUGCCUUGCAUCCAACAUCUGCCCCAUCUGCCCCAUCUGCCGCCAACCCUACAUAG